AUGUCGCCGGGUACCUCUCGCCUGUACGAGCUUCAACCGGACCCCUAUGAUAUCACCCAACGGCGGGCAAUUCGCAUUUGUCUGUUUACCGAUGUUAAAAAUGCUCACGUGCUACGCGAUAAACUGCGAAAAGGCGAGAUCGACGCUGCGUUGAUUCGUGCCGAGUUGGUAUUGGAGCCGUUUAUCGUGUUGGCUGCCGCGAAUCGAGCUGUUCAUCAAGCAGCUCACAAUCGUCUAUCUACUCGAAGCCUUUCAGCUGAACUUGUUUACAGUCUGUCGCCGAGUCGAAAUAUCUCUGACUCACUUGUGACAUUCGGCAUCGCUGACACCAGCAAGAACAUACUUGUAUGCAUAUUUGAUGACAAAGACGGUUCAAAAAUGAAGAAAUUGGCGAAAGAGAUUGACGGACGGCCAGAAUCGCUCGACAAGUUAACCUCGAUCAUGGAUCUUCGUGUCAUUCAAAAGAUCUCUGACUCACUUGUGACAUUCGGCAUCGCUGACACCAGCAAGAACAUACUUGUAUGCAUAUUUGAUGACAAAGACGGUUCAAAAAUGAAGAAAUUGGCGAAAGAGAUUGACGGACGGCCAGAAUCGCUCGACAAGUUAACCUCGAUCAUGGAUCUUCGUGUCAUUCAAAAGAUAUAUCAGCUGCGAGAUGAGAAGUUCAACGAGGAUUCGUUCUCAGAUCGGGUCCUAUCGCGAAUCAUCACCAAGGAUUUCAUGUCAUAA